UAAGUAGUGUCUAGUUAGUCAUUGUAGUGACAGAAUAGGUGUAUCAAAAUGUAUACAUUUUUAUUAUUGUGUGUGGUUGCUUUUUGCGGCGUCAACAGUUACACACUUCAAGGGGCUGAGCGGAUCGCACAAGGACAAAUCAGAAAUGGCAUACAAUAUGUGAUAUCGUUACAAGACAAAAGUCAACUACAAAUCAACACAAGAGGUCAUAGAUGUGGAGGUGUCUUGAUCACUCAACAGCAUGCAUUGACAACAGCAGCAUGCACAAUGAACACCAAUACAGGGGUAUCCAUCAACUUUGCCAACUUUAGAGUUUUCGCUGGGACAGUUCUUACAAAUGAUAAUGCUAACAACGUUCGUGACAUAGCUACUAUAACUAUCCACCCACAAUACACCAGACAUAUACCGUUUGUCAACGAUAUUGCUGUUAUUACACUACAAGCUGCUUUUCCGACCUCAAUAAGCCCUUUGCCAAUGCCACUUGCGGAUGUUGCUCUUACUGCGUGUGAGACUGCUGGUUUUGGAGCUCAUAAUACGACAGCUACUGCCAGUGUGCAAUUGAUGAGUUUGUCGGGAGUAGCUUUGACUGGAUAAGCGCAGUGCAAUACUCUACUGCAACAGUCAGGAGGUGCUACAAGUGUACAAGUUUUGCCUAACAUGAUUUGCGGAACUGCUAGUGGGGUAGGAUGCACGGGUGAUCUGGGGAACCCACUAGUAUGUAAUAAUAAUCAGGUUCUCACAGGGUUACUAACUCGAAGCAACAAUUGUACUUUAACGGGUUUACCAGAAAUCUACACCAGAAUUCACGAAUUCAUACCGUGGGUGAAUCAAGUGCUCAAUGCGACGACUACUACUACGACCACGACAACUACAACGACAACAACAACGACACCAAUGCCUCCGAUAAUCGUCACGACGCCUGCACCAGGAUCAGCAUUCACGUCACGACUCGGAACUGCUGUAGCACUUACAUUUGUACUCAUCCAAAGCCUCAAUCUUCUAAGUUAAAAUUAAAGUACUCGUAAUA